AUGGAUCAUUCUGAAGCUGUCAAGCAGAUAUCUGCACGAGUGGCUGACUUUUACCGCCGCCAAAAACCCUUUCGCAUUUACCAUGGCGCAACCAAUAGCACGCGGCCCUCCAACCACUCCGCAUCCAACACGGUCAGCACUGCUGAUCUCACCCAUGUUUUGCAGAUUGAUACAGACAGCUGUACGGCGCUAGUCGAGCCCAAUGUCCCAAUGGACGCAUUUGUGAAAGCGACCCGGACUAUGGGCCUGGUCCCUCUCGUCGUUAUGGAGUUUCCGGGUAUCACGGUUGGGGGCGGAUUCUCUGGAACCUCGGGUGAGAGUAGCUCAUUUCGAGAGGGAUUUUUUGAUCAUACGGUCAAUUGGAUUGAAAUGGUUCUUGCCGAUGGUCAAGUGGUGAAGGCCUACAAUGACCGCGUCGAGGUGAGGGAGGAUGUCCAGGAUAAACGAUCGGACUUGUUCUGGGGCACUGCAUCUUCCUUUGGUACCCUUGGAGUGGUCACCUUGUUGGAAGUUCGACUCAAAAAGGCCGAACCCUUGGUUGAGUUGAAGUACUAUGUCAGUUCAAAUAUGAAAGAUGCGUUGCGCGACUUUCAAGAAGCUCGGGCUGAUCCGGAGAUCGAAUAUCUCGACGGCAUUGUUUACUCAAAGAACAAGAUUGUUGUUUGUGCUGGGCGGCAAGUGAGCGACAGUCCCGUUUCAAGAGUUCAUCAAUUCACUCGUCGACAAGAUGAUUGGUUUUAUUUGCACGUCGAACAAAUCACCAAGUCUCUCUCCAAAAAAGCUGGGUCUCACGCCCCAGAUGCCGUGGAAUACAUUCCUCUGACAGACUAUCUCUUCCGAUAUGACCGGGGCGGCUUCUGGGUUGCUCGUUACGCCUUCCGUUACUUCUGUGUGCCAUUUGUCUCACUUACGCGCUGGAUCCUAAACAGGUUCAUGUACACUCGGGUGAUGUACCACGCUCUACAUGUUAGUGGCCUCGCUCGCCAAUAUGUCAUCCAAGAUGUCGGUGUGCCAGUUUCCACCGCCUCUGAGUUCCUUGAUUGGCUGGACCACCCCGAGAACUUCGGGCAAUAUCCUCUUUGGCUCUGCCCGCUACCCCCUGGAAGCGCCGGUGGAUUGGAGGGACAGACAAUGAGUGACCGCAAAGGAGAUAUCUCAGACCCAGAGAGCGGAACUUUGAUGAAUUUUGGAAUCUGGGGACCAUCAACCGCCACUGGACAAGCUGGAUUUGUGGCUCAAAACCGGCAGCUUGAACACAAGGUCCAUAGCCUUGGGGGAAAGAAAUGGCUCUAUGCACACACUUACUAUACAGAGACAGAGUUCUGGCAAAUUUACAACAGGAAAGACUACGACGUUUUGCGUGAGAAGUACCAUGCACAUCAUCUUCCCACUCUGUAUGACAAGGUACGUGUGCGCGAAUCGGAUCUUCCGGGUGCGCAUCGCGGGGAGUUUGAAGGUGGAUGGAAGGGAAUGGUCAAAAGAGCUUUGUGGGAUGUAUGGCCAUUCAGUGGAUUGUAUGGAGUCUACAAAGCCUGGAGAGGAGGGGACUAUCUAUUGCAGAAGGAGAAAUCCAAGAAGAAGGCCGACUAA